GGUCUGCUUUUUCCCAGUAGCGGGUAGUGCCACAGCCCAGCCUCCCAGAGCAAACUAUCCAAUACUUCCCAGAUGACUAGUGCUCUUGCCGCUGUGGACACCUCUGUGAUGACAGGCUAAAAGAAUCAGACUUUACCGGCCUGGCCGGUAUUUUAAGAGGAGUAGGCCCCAAAACAGCGCUGCUCUCCGGCUUCUGAUUGCCUGCUCCGGCCAGCCGGGGAAGAGCGACCGCAACAGGGACGCCACAGAAGUGCUUCGCCUUCGCCGCCGCCCCCCAUCCCCAUCCCGGCUUUUCUUUCCUCCCUCCUCCCUCGGCGGCGAAGGAAAGGGAGGGAGGGGGAAAAAAGCAACCGGAAAGGAAGAGCUGAGUGAGAAAGUGGAGGCGCCGCCGCCGCCGCGGACGGGCCCUUUGGAGGCAGGCCGGCCGCUCUCCCUUAAGCCGGCUCCCAAGGCCCGAGCUCUCCCCUCCGCAGCGGCGCCGCUUGGUUUCGCCCGCGCCCUGCCAUGUUGGAUUGGACCGCCGGAGCCGGGGUGAAGUUGGAAGUUUAGAGGAGCUCGUCAGGGAGGAGGAGGAGGAAGGCGGCGGCGAAGAAAAGGCUGAGGAGGGCGAAUUCCCGUCCCUUCCCCUCCUCCCUCGCCAGAGCCUGCCGGGAGUUCGUCCGCCACCGCCCGCCCUGUCUCCGGUUGCCGCCCCGAUGCUGCUCCUGCUGGGCUGAGAGCUCCGUUGCCUCCUCCUUCCUCCUCAGAAGGGACGCCGGGCCCGACCCCGAGAGGAGCCAGCGCUGACGACGAGCCAGAGUCUUCAGGAGCGACCGGAGGAGGAGGAGGAGGAAGCAGCAGCAGCAGGGGCCGUGGUGGUGGUGGUGGUCGUGGGAAUCCCGGCCUGGCCCCGCCGGCGGCCGCGAUGAACAACAACAACCAGCAGCAGCAGCCCCCGCCGCCCCGGCGGGUCACCAACGUGGGCUCCAUGCUCCUCACCCCGCAAGAGAACGAGAGCCUCUUCGGUUUCCUCGGCAAGAAAUGCGUGACAAUGUGCUCUGCAGUUAUUCAGAUUUAUGCAGCAGAUCGCAAUGCCAUGUGGUCAAAGAAGUGCUGUGGCGUAGCUUGCCUUGUAAAAGACAAUCCACAAAGGUCAUAUUUUAUCAGAGUAUAUGAUAUCAAGGAUGGAAAACAAUUGUGGGAACAAGAAUUGUAUAAUAAUUUUGUAUAUAAUAGUCCUAGAGCAUAUUUUCAUACCUUCGCUGGAGAUACGUGUCAGGUGGGUCUUAAUUUUGCUAAUGAAGAAGAAGCUAAAAAAUUCCAAAAGACAGUAACUGACUUACUUGGCCGACGGCAACGGAAAUCUGAGAAAAGGAGAGAUCUACCAAAUGGUCCAAGUCUACCAAUGGCAACUGUUGACAUCAAAAAUCCAGAAAUCACCACUAAUAGAUUUUAUAGUUCACAAGUAAACAAUAUCUCAUAUACCAAAGAGAAGAAAAAAGGAAAAGCAAAAAAGAAGAGGUUGACAAAAGCAGAUAUUGGAACUCCAAGCAAUUUCCAACACAUUGGACAUGUUGGCUGGGACCCAAACACAGGUUUUGAUGUUAACAAUUUGGAUCCAGAAUUGAAAAACCUGUUUGAUAUGUGUGGGAUUUCAGAGGCUCAGCUGAAAGACAAAGAAACAUCCAAGGUUAUAUAUGAUUUUAUUGAAAAAACAGGAGGAGUGGAAGCUGUCAAAAAUGAGUUACGUAGGCAAGCUCCACCACCACCUCCACCCUCUAGGGGUGGUCCUCCUCCCCCUCCCCCUCCCCCACCACAUAGCUCAGGGCCACCUCCUCCUCCUGCUAGAGGUAGAGGAGCUCCACCACCACCACCUUCAAGAGCUCCAACAGCAGCGCCACCUCCCCCACCUCCUUGCACNCCUCCUGGUCCUCCACCACCACCUGGUCUUCCAGUGGAAGUUGACCAUCAGCUUCCAGCUCCUUCAGGAAAUAAAGCAGCUCUCUUAGAUCAAAUCAGAGAAGGUGCUCAAUUAAAAAAAGUAGAACAAAACAGUCGUCCAGUGUCCUGCUCGGGAAGAGAUGCGCUACUUGAUCAAAUACGACAGGGUAUACAGUUGAAGGCUGUAUCUGAUGGCCAGGAAACUGCACCACCGACGCCUGCACCCACUUCAGGUAUUGUGGGGGCAUUAAUGGAAGUUAUGCAGAAAAGAAGCAAAGUCAUUCAUUCUUCAGAUGAAGAUGAGGAUGAAGAAGAUGAGGAAGACUUUGAAGAUGAUGAUGAAUGGGAUGACUGAUCAAUAUAUUAUAUCAUAUAUAUAUAUAUUUUUAAGGUGAAAUUCUAAACUACUUUCUGUCUAUGGAUUCUUUAAGAUGAUCAUGUAAAUGUUCUACCAAUUUGCUGUAUAUUUUUGUUGCCUUUUGCUUUUUUAUUAAUCUGUGCAAUACCUCAUUUAAUCUGUAAAGGUUUGUCAUAAUCCUAUACAAAGCUACUCCCAAUUUAAUGUGUACAAGUUUACAUCAAGUUUCUCAGUGUACAUGUGAAUACUUUCCAUUCCAUCAGUAAGGGAGUUUUAAUGUAACAUGUGAGAUUGACAAACACACCUUAAAUUGUAUUUAGUUAUAAUGCAAGAAGGAAAACACUAUUUUCAUACCCUACUUUUUCUGUAUCUAAAUUUUCUUAUUAAAACCUAGUAUAGCACUAUGUUCUUUAACAAAAUGCAGCUUCUGUCCCUUCAUCUUGGAAACUGUGCUACAUGAAUGAGGCUGAUAAAGCAGAUGAACAAUCUCUGCUCAUAACACUGCAGUUCAAGUUUAGCAUUUAAGCUAUUCAUAAACAGCAAAAAUCAGUGGUCAUGAAAAUGUUUCCCUGAUUCUGGAGCAGUGUUCCUUGCUAUUGGAAGAGUUUUUACCCUUGAAUGCUGAACAGAGUCACAUCCCAGAUGGUCACUGUGUGUGACCUUUUUGAUGUAAACUACAUUAACUGCAUUUUGCCACCUGCCCUUAUCAGUGAAGAAGGGUCUACGUUUAUGGCAACUGCUGCAGUCAACUUAUUUAUUUUUAUAUAAUGUGGGUUUUUUUACUGAAGGGCUGUGGUUAAUGCUUCUUCUGAAUAAUAAUGGAUUUAAAUUAAUUUGUAAAUGUGUAGGGCAUCAGUAAACUAAUAAAUGAAGGAGUGGUGUUACUCUGCAAUCUUUAUGGAUGAUGGUUCAAAGCCAACACUGUUAGGCAUCAGAUCUGUGUCUAGAAAUCAAAAGCAUUUAAUAGAUAAUGGGUGCCUUAAAUAUAUUUUUCUCCUGACUGAUAGGCUGCCUGCAAUCCUGGGAACAGUUGCUACAGUUGGGGAGGGGUAAAAGCCUGAGUUCCUCACUAAUGCUUUUGCGUUCCUAAGGCUAUAUGCUCUAUUUAUUCAGUAUCUGGGUGGCCUAAACAUGUGCAGGAAGAGACUCAUUUGUCACACAUGUAUGCACAGACACACACACACACACGGUUACUGCUUAGGUUACAUAAAGCAACAUCUGAAAAUGAGAAGGAGGCUCAUCAGUCCAUUUAGGGAUCUCCAUCUGAGCCAGUUAACCAGUCUCUCUUUUUCAGUUUUGUUCCCUCACUUAAGGAAAGGUAAUAAUGAAUGGGACUCCCUCUCCUUCAUCACACAUUCAGCCCAUCUGGCUACUGAGUAACUGAAUAAAGCUCUCGCGUCUUUGUGUGUUUUCAGCCAGAUAGUGAGCGAGACUGAGUGACCUAUCUGCCUGUCACCAUGUUAAUGCUGUUGCAGCCGAGACCCUGUUCAGUAUUCCUCAUACAUCUCUGAACCUUGAGUGGGUAGAGUUAAUUGAACUGUAUGCCUUUUACAGUUUGGGAGAGGCUCACUACUGCAUUUCUAAACCACUGCUUUUUAUAUGUAAUGAACUUUCAUAUUACAUUAUUUGAUUUGUCUUAUGUUUAGAAAUAAUAGCAAGGAACGUAAUCUUAAAAGAUGGAAGGCCCUAUGCUUGGAAUUACAUUCCAAUACACGAUGGGAAAAUUUGAAUUCUCAUCUCAAUUGCCAUCUUUACUAACAAAUUUAAUAUUUGGAGUUUCUGCCUAUUUUUUCUGCAUUGCGCAUUUAAGAUAGGCAUUGCUAAUGCUAAUACAGUACAGUGUUCACAGUAAAAAAAACCUUUACAUAGAAAAUAUUAGAAAUUUCAUUCGUCUUAUGCAAAAUAUUUCAAGCAAGACAUAUUUGGAGUACAAUUAACACGUGCUUCCUUUUUCUCUCCUCUUUUUCUUACUCUAUUCAUGAUAUAUUGGAUACAAUUGUAUUUACUGAAAAUCCAGUGUUGUCCUGAUAUUGGCAGGCUGGACCUGCAUGAUAUGGCUUGGAAAUCUAGUGCAGUUACUACGUAAGUCUAGCAUUUUUAAUUGCAUAAGGAGACCAGGAUUUAAAAUGUCAUGUUGAUGAAAGAAGGUGUAAUAAAGCAGACGCUAAAUUAUUCAGAGGGGAGAUAAUUUUUCUUUUUAAAAAAAUAACCUGGGCAAAGGAGAUGUUUUCCAGGUUGUUUUUUCCUUUGUGAUGGUGUUCACCACCUUGCCUGCUGCUAGAGGAACUUCCAGCUAGCACUACUGCUACUGUAGUUUAAGGACUAGAAGCAGUAUGGCUAAAGUCUGAUUAAAGCUAAAUAGUAGGACAAAGAAUGUGUGUCCAUGGGAGGAAGAGUUGAGGACUUUCAGUACAGGUGUUUAGUGUUUUGUGUAGUUAUGGAAUAAUAAAGGGCAUUUUAAAAAGUGGAUACUGCUCAGGUGGCCUCCAAAGAUGUUUCUUAUCAGCAUAAACAAAGCACAUGCUUCUGGAGAACGUUUGGAAAGAUUUAAUAUUUUCGGGAUGCUUGUGUAAUCUAUUAAUCACCUGUCCAAUGGGGCUUUGGUGUUUUCUUUCUUAUAGAAAUUAAUCCAUGUAAUUGCACACACGUUCAAAUGUUUUGCUUUCAAUAGCAUAUUGUAUGGUUUUAAUUUAAGGCAUGACUGCAGUUACAGUUAGGCUACAAAAUCUCAGCUGCAUGUUUCCACAUUCUCCUGCUUCUAGCGUGGGCAAGAGACAGGGUUUCAUGUCAUUAAAUCACUACAGCUAACCAUUGUAACAAGCCAGCCUCGUGUGCCAGUUAAAAUGACUGUCCAAGUAGUCUUGGCAAUUAGCAAAUGAGCAUGAGGACUAUAUCUCAACACCAUGCUUCAGUAAUAUCAGCUAGCCGCUUGUACUCUGAAAACAUCUCAGUCAUUCAAUUUUCUGUUUCAUCAAAUCGAACUUCUUGGUAUGUGAAUUUUCUUUCUGGCUUUUUUUUAAAUGUACAGUGAAUAGGAUGUUGCACUGGUGGCAAUUCAUCAUGGAGCAUAAUAAAAUUAAUUUGACUCAGUA